CGGAAGCAAAUGCAGAAUUGCAGAAUAUAACAUCAACAUUUAUAACAUGUAACGUUAUAUAUACACAAGACUGAAAUGAGCAGCAGGGGGAAAUCAGUCAGUGCGAUAAGUUUAAAGUGAAGCUUUGUGUGUGUGCGUGUGUGGACAUGUCGAGUCUGAAGAGAAGGUUGAUGUCUCAGAGUGAGGUGCGUGAGCCGGGACAGAAGCGCCUCCUGGGGCCGAGUGAGGAGCACGAGCCCCGCUGCAGCCAGUACUUCUCCAGUAAAGCUGUUACUGGGACCAGACUGAGCUCCCAGUUCUUUAACCAGCAGUGCGUUGAUUUAGCCAAAGCACUUUUGGGGAAGGUGCUGGUGCGCAGGCAUGCUGAUGGCACAGAGCUGAAAGGUAGGGUGGUGGAGACGGAGGCCUACUUGGGCGGGGAAGACAAGGCAUCGCACUCAGCUGGUGGCAAGCGCACGGAAAGAAACGCAGCCAUGUUUAUGAAGCCUGGCACCAUCUACGUCUACCCAAUUUAUGGCAUUUAUCUCUGCAUGAACAUCUCCAGCCAGGGGGAAGGGGCAGCCGUGCUUUUGCGCUCCCUGGAGCCUCUUCAAAGUCAGGACAUCAUGAGGCGGCUGCGGGCAUCCAAACGUAAAGAAGGCGCCAAGAUGGUGAAGGACAAAGAAUUAUGUAAUGGCCCGUCUAAGCUGUGCCAGGCCCUGGACAUUCAGCGCUGCUUCGAUCGCAGGGACUUGGCCUCAGACACCGAUGUGUGGCUCGAGACGGACAUGGAGUGGGUGACGCCGGACGCGAGAGGCGUGGUCUCAGCUCCUCGGGUCGGAAUCAAUUCGCAUGGAGAGUGGGCCACCAAACCAUUACGCUUUUACCUGCGAGGUCACCCGUGUGUCAGCGUGGUGGACAGAGCGGCCGAGAGCAAGCAGGAAGACUGAUUAAUGAGAAAAAAA